AUGUCGCAAGAACAAUCUCGCGAUGAGAUCGGCUCUCACUUCUUACUGCAGUCGGAUUCUCAAACACCAGUCCAAACGCCAUCACGCCAUGCAUCACCAACUCCCGUACGACACACUAAGACGACUCCAACACGACUCAGUACGAACCAAAGAUCGACCGCAGAUUCUGCGUCGCCUCAACGGUCGUUGCAGCUGCAGGAGAACGCUUAUGAGCACGACUUGCAUGCCGACUUGCACUGGGCCAUCAACCCGUGUAAUCCGAGGAAUUGGACGAAGAGGAAAAAAUGGAUGCACACAAUGCUAUUCUGCAUCAUCUCUUGGGCCAUUAUGCUCGGUGCAUCGAGUAUGACCUUGGCACACGGUGUUAUCAAGAAUCAAAUGCAGACCUCCUCCAUUGUCGCAGUGCUUCCCACAUCAGUCUACCUGCUGGGACUGGUAUUGGGUUUUUUCAGUACGCCGAGCGCUGAAUCGAUAGGUCGGAAGUCAAUGUACAUCAUCUCUGCGCCACUGUAUGCCAUAUUCAUCUUGGCAUCUGGACUGACGAACAGCAUGUCUGGCCUGGCGAUUUGCCGGCUUCUCGCCGGCUUUUUUGCUGCACCAGCGCUACAGCUAGGCUAUGCAUCAAUCUUGGACAUAUGGACGGUCGAGAAUCGAGUUUUACCCAUUGUCGCAUACACGUCGACCAUUAUUGUUGGGAGUACCCUUGGUUCGGUGCUCAGCGGAGCAAUAAUGUGGAGACAACACUGGCGAUGGACUCAAUUCGCCAUUUUGAUUCUAUCCAGUCUAUUCUUCGGUGCAAUGUUCUUCACAGACGAGACGUUAAAGACGAUGAUCUCGCGAAAGGGUUGGAAAGAGACUUCCAAACUCUCGCUGGUCCGAGGGCUGGUUAAGAACGAGUCUGUGAGACCGUGGCUUGUCUUCUUUUCGGAACCACUUACGCUGCUAUGUGGAGCUCUGAAUGCCUUCUACUUCGGCAUCCUGUUCGCGAUUCUGACGGGCUUUCCUGACGUGCUCUCCCAAGCACAUCACUUCAACGCAGGCGCACAAGGACUCACAUUCCUUGCCAUGAGUGUUGGCGCUCUACUUGCGCUCAUCAUGGAGCUUUGCCACCAACAAUGGUGCUACGAGCCUCGAGCUUUCAGAUACAAAGAGGAGAAGAAGCGAAAGACUUGGAUACCGCCUUCGACUUCGCCACCACCUGAAUGGCGGCUCUGGCUAGCUCUUCCGGCAUCAGCAUUGAACGUCGCAUCACUCUUCAUUCUCGGCUGGACGACGCAUAAUCACUGGAUGGCUACCGUGAUCGCAAUGGCCAUCUAUGCAUUCGGAUCGUCACUCAUCGCAGUGAGCACGACUUUAUACGUGUUGGAGUGCUUCAAUUCCUCACAACAAAACGAAGGGAUGUGGGCUGGAAGCUCAAUUCUGACGUAUGCUUUUGGCUUUGUGUUCUCGCUAUUCUCCACCGAAGAGCUAAAACUUGGUCCUGGACUUGGUAUGAGUGUUUACGCAGUUAUGAGCAUCUUGUUCGGCACGAUACCAGCGGUACUGUAUAUCUUUGGAGCCGCACUUAGGAAGCGGCGAAAGGAUCGUGGCAGCAAGUAGCUUGUUGUAAUAUUAUCCUGUAUCAAUGAUAGCAGAGCUGAACCAGUGGCUCGUACAAUACGAAAUUCUUGAAGAAGUCCACG